GCGACCCUUUUGCUGGGGCAUUAGUUAGACCGACGCUUGAUAAAUAGAAAAUUGAAAAAUCUAAUGAGAUUUUUAAAUCCAUCGAUACUGUGUAUUGCAUUUCUUUAAUGAUAUUAGAAGUGGUUUAUAUUGUGCUAUAUUGUUAACUACGUAUUUAUAUAUUAUAAUGUAAGCAUAAAUAUCUCAGUGCAAUUGCGUUUAUUUGAUUUAUUUAUCAACACAUUAGGUUAUACGAAAAUUUUGUGUUGCGAAAUACACUAUCUUUAAAAUGGAAACUAUAGAAGAGCGUCCAGUUAUUAGCUCAGCGGUUGAAAUUAUAAAAACGACUAUUGUGGAGGAAAAUAAUGUCGAUGUUGAAGAAAAUAAUGUGUGUCACAAAUCGAAUGGUGUCGAUAGCGACAAAAAAAAUGACGAUGGACUUCCAGAAGUAACUAUUGAUGUUACGGAGACCGAAACAGUUGCAGACAUUAGCCACGACAAACAUGAAAAUAUUGAUGGCUCACCUGCACCUAAUGUUGUUGGGUGUACCCAAGAAACUGAUGGUUCUUUGAAUUCUGAUGUGACAGAAGUUAUAGAAACUACAACAGAAAACGAAAAGAUUGUAGAGGUUGAACCUGCUGAAGUAGUAGAAAUUGCUGCUGAAAAUGUAAUUGAAAAUGUAGAAAAGGAGCCCUGCAAUGAUAAUGAAAUAAUAACUGAAACUAUAGUUGAAAUGAAUAAUAUAGAAUCAGUGAUGAAUGAACAAGUACAGUUCGAAACUGAAAUAUUAGUUGAGAAAAAUGAUAAUGACUUGAAUGAAAAUUUACUGGUUGAUAACCCAGAAAAUGAUCCCACAAAUAAUAUCCUGAGUGAGUUAGGCCCAAAUAUAGAAUUAAGUGAAGUACUUCGUUCAUCAGAUAUUUCUGAAAACAACAAUAGUACAGUUAGACAAGAAGUAUUUAAUAAAGAAGAACUGCUAGAUAUUUUGGAAGGCAAUGAUAUUGAACAGACUGUAGAAAAAGUUGUUGAGAUUUCUCAAAUUAAUCAAAAUAAAAUGUCAGAAGCUCAAAUUGCUUUGCAACAAUUAUCUAGGCUUAAAAAUGUAAAGAAAAGGAAACCUUAUACAACUAAAGGAAAAAAAGGGGAGAAAAAAAACAUCAGCAUAGACUUAUCAAAAGAUGAGUCACAAACUAUUUCUGAUAAUACACAACCAUCGGUUGAUGUUAAGUCUGAGAGUGCAGUUGAGAAUAAGAUUCCACAAACAGAAAAUAUUGUCAAUGUGCUGGUCAUGGAUUGGCAAGAUGAUGAGCCCAUCGAGAGUAAUUCUAAUAACGUUCUAAAUGAGAGUGAACAUUUAUUAAAAGAUUCCGAACAAAUUAAAGAAAACCAAGACCAAAUUAUUUCAUCAGAAGGGUUAGCAGAACGAACUUCUAUAGAUUCUACAGUGAGUGAGGAUCAACUACAGAAAUCCAGCAAAAGUGGAGAUGAAAGCGCUCCACGCAGAUUAAGUAGAGUAAUAAAGAAGAAAGUUAUAUUUGACCCAGAUAAUCCAGACACUUUCACAAAAGGCAAAUCUACAACCAAGAUCAAAGAGAUCCAAGUUAUAAAAGACCAAAUUCCAGCUAAGAAAUUGAAAAUAGAUCAAACAUCUCACAGGUCAAAAUCAAAAUCUCCAUUAUCUAAGUUACAAUGGAAAAAACCAUCUCCCAGGAACAGCAAACAAUGUAAAAGACUAUCAGAAGUUGAUAAGCUAUUAAUGGAUGAGGGAGCAGUCAAUAUGAUAUAUCAACUUACUCCUGAAGCGCCUAAAGGUAGGAAGAAUAUGAAAACCAAAGCUGAGUUUAUUAAGAAGCUUCAAAGUUCUACUCCAGACAGUAAGGAAAUGAAGUUUAGAGAAAGGAAAAAGGAAUCUCUAAAGUAUGAGGAUGGGGAAGCAAAAAAAAUUCUAGGUGGAAAGCAUCGAAUUUCUUUAAAUAGUUCAGUAAAAUCACCUUCAGUUAGUGAAGAUUUUGAAACUCAUAGUGCAGAUGAUUCAAUCAUUUACAGGCGCCAUUCUUCCAGCUCAUAUUCUAGUAGUUGCAUGAGUCCGCGUCGUUUAAGUGAUGUAGACACUGGUAGCGCACAAAGUGUUCAUCGGUCAUCUAAUCAAUUAACUUCUUCGGACAAUCAAAGUCAGACGAAGCCAAAUUCAAAUGUUGAAGUUGAAGAAAAAGGUAGAGAGGUCUUUAAGGCUGAAGCAGGGAAUAUAUCUAAUAGUGAAAUAAUAAAUAAGGAUGAUUGUAUGUCUAUUAAAGAGAAAUUGAAUUCAAAGUUGUCACUUGCUUUAAAUAAAAGAAAACGGGAAACAAUUAAAUUUGAAAAGCCAGCAAAACAAAAAAAAGCUUCUAAAGUUGGGGAUAACGUAGCUUUAAUACAUAUUGACCGAUUUAAAUUUAUAUCUGUGAAUAUUGAUCAAAGACUAGCUGUAAUAAGUAUACAAAAAACUCACCUUAAAAUUUGUGUAGAGGUGCUGAAAGAGUUAGAUGAAGCUCUUAAUUACGUGGACAGCCGACAGGACAUAUCAAUUACCCUACUGGUGUCUCAAUGUGGAACACUCUGUUCAAGUCUCGAUUUAAGUCUUCUGUUGGAUGAAAAUAAAGAAAUAAGAGCCAACCACGCUUUCGAACUCGCCGAGUCUGUAAGAUCUCUACUGAGCUCGCUGGUGCGCCACAGCAAGCUGGUGUGCUGCGGUGUGUGGGGCGCAUGCGCGGGCGUGGCGCUGGCGCUGGUGGCGCUGAGCGACGUGGCGCUGUCGUCGGAGCGCGCCAGCUUCUCGCUCAGCGCCGCCGCGCCCGUGCAGCCCGGCGCCGCCGCGCUCACUGCGCGCUGCCCGGCCCUCCCGCAGGCGAUGGUAAACGACUUGGUGAUAUUUGGGCAACGACUCUCUGCGUCGGAAGCACUGCAAGGUGGUCUCAUAAGUCGCGUCCUGUGGCCGGACCGAUUCGACGAGCAAGUGUACAAUAUCGCCAAAGACAUCGCUGCACAGCCGACGCAAACUGUAUUGCUAAAGAAGAAGCUUCUUAGUUUGAGAAGGAACAGCGAAGCCGAACUUACAUUCCUUUCGUGUCUUGAAGCAGAACGAGAUCUUCUCGUAGAGUAUUGGACUUCAGUAGAAGGUCAAGAACUGCUUCGAGCCACACUGGACGUCGCAUGAUUCGCUAAAUAAGUAGUCUAAAAUACCAUUUUUACACCUUUAUUAUUCUCAUUUUCUUCCUUUCACCUAUACUGUUACAACUUUUAUAAAUAUCUGUGUCAUUUUUGUUGAAUCACAACGUCUGUUAAUAAAUUUUAGUAUAAUGUAAAUAAUGAAAUUUUACAGCAAAUGAAGAUAACGAAUGUUAGAUAUUGACUAAAUAAUUUAAAAAGAGUGCUACGUAAGUAGCGAUAUACUAAAGGUGAUAAAGGUUUGGUAUAAUAUUUGGUAAUAAUUUAAUUAGUCGUAUGGCAUUUGAUCGACUGUUAGCUAAGUUCGUGUAAAGUUAUUUUUGUCGAGGAGAAUAAUUGUAUGCAAUAUAAUUAUUAUAUUAAACUGUCUUAUUGUUAGAGGUAUUUAGUACGGAUUGAAUGUUACGUGAUGCCUUCUGUCCUAUAUAUUAAUCUCACUUUAAUGGGAAUAUAUUAAAAACAUGGCUGGCUAAAAUAUUCGUAAUAUCGUACUGACUAAUGAAAUAUAACUAAAUUAUAUACAUAUGUAUGUAUGUAUGGUAUUUUUAAUAUGCAAUUAAUACUAUUUAAAGAAAUGUCUAUUUACAAGAUUGCGAUUAAUGAAAAGUAGUUUUGUAUAACAACUGGUUAAAUUAAAAUCAUUGACUAUAAAGUUAUGUUUAGUGUUAAAUUGUUUAUGUCUUUGUUUUAGAUGUUUGAGUUUAUCUAUAUUAGGUAGAUUAUAUACUUUAUAUUUUAAGCCAAAGUUCAACACUGAAUUUAAAAUUGAAUUUCUAAUAAAUGUGAGCACUUAUUUCACAUUAAUAUAAUUAUUUAUGUUUUGGUAGGUACAAUUUUCAUUCCUUUUACGUACAAAAUUUUGUAUUACUUUAAAUAAUGUAUUGAACUUUACUUUUCGAAUUGGACUAGAGUUUAUUUAGUGUUUAAUUAAAAUAGGUUAUAUACAUAUAAGUGUAGCAAUAAAUUAUUGUCUGUUUCUUGAAAAAAAAAAAUAAAGUG